AUGGUUGAUAAUAGGUUCCAGCGCUAGCGUCUACAAUAUUUCAGGCCAGGAUCAUGAAGGUGAAUAGUUGUGACUGACGGAGAGAGAGGAAAUGGUACUACAAGAUACUUUGGGUCACAGCAUGCCUGAUCAAGUGAAAUUUGAGGCAACUGACCAUGGUGACAGUGUCCUGGCCGGACUCAAGCAUCUUCGAGACAAACAACAACUUUUCGAUGUCAUCUUGACUGCUCAGAACCAGAAAUUUCCUGCGCACAGAGUUGUGUUGGCAUCAUGUUGCCAAUAUUUUCGGGCGAUGUUCACAGAUGGUUUGAAAGAAUGUCAACAGAUGGAGAUACAGUUAAAUGGUGUGACUGCUACAGGAAUUCACAAUCUGAUAGACUUUGCCUACACUUCCAAGAUCCUGCUGAACUUUGAUAACAUUGAAGACAUCCUGCUAUCAGCCAAUCAUAUCCAGAUGUUACCAGUGCUCAAAGCCUGCUCCAAUUUUCUAAAGGACCACCUCAGUAUAGAAAACUGUGCCAACAUGGCCAACUGGGCCGAUCUGUUUUCUUUGACAGAACUCAAAAUUCACAUACUCAAAUUCAUUUGUAGAAACUUCUCAGCUCUCUCGUGUUCAUCAGAGUUUUUCCAAUUUCCUGCAUCUCUUUUACAAAAUGUGUUGUUUUGUAACUACCCAAUAGAUUGCUCAGAGGGUGAUUUACUUUCGGCAGUGUUGACCUGGGUUUAUCAUCAACCCGACAUACGAUUAAACCAGGUUAGUCCUGUCCUUAACGGUGUUCAUUGGGAGAAUGUUACUAAUAAGGAAAUUGACAGACUCUCUCAAAAUGAAACCUUUGAGAAGCUGGUGGAGUUAAGUACACCUUUGAAACAUGCUUUUUCUAGGGAAUGUGCCAAUGAAGUUUCAUGCCUACAAAACUCAGGUUUACUAAACACAAGAGGCUACAAGAAAGCUGUUGUAUGUGUGGGUGGAUUUAGUCCGAGAAGUGGUAUGACCAAUGACUUGAGAUAUUGUAUAGUAGGUUCACGAACAUGGAAGACCCUUACACAAAUACCCCAUGUUCAGCAGUGUAACUUUGGUCAUGUUGUUAUGAAGAACAAUCUCUAUGUUGUCGGUGGCUGUUUCAAUGACAACAUGCAGGAAAUAAUCCAUAAUUAUGGUUUUAAAUAUGAUCCUGCAACACAAAGCUGGAGUUCCAUUGCUCCAAUGAGGACAGAACGUUGUCGGUUUUUUCUAGCUGAAGCCAGAGGAAAACUUUAUGCAAUUGGUGGUGACCCUUCAGCAAGCAAUCCACUUGCGGAAGCUGCAGCCCCUUGUGAGGUGUUUGAUCCUGAGGAGAACAUCUGGACUCCCAUGUCGUCGAUGCCAAAAAAUCGAUCCCAGCAUGCUGGAAUAACCAUUGGGGAUAAUGUUUAUGUCUCCGGAGGACUGCAAGACAUCGAUGAAGACACCUUCUCUGACUUCUACAAGUAUGACACCAAGUCUGACGUGUGGACAAUUCUGCCUCCGAUGUUGAUGCCACGAGCUGAUCACACACUUUUUUUAUAUCAUGGUCAAAUAUACGUGAUUGGUGGGUGGUAUGAAGAUCUGACCAAUCAGCAGCGACGCAUGGCAGCAAAUAUUGACCGCUUCAUUGAAAACGAGAAUCGUUGGGAGACGAUAGGUGUUGUACCCAAUCCUCGUCUGUAUGCAACUUACUCUAUGUUUGAAGGCCGCCUAUAUGUGAUUGGUGGCUGGAUCAAUGGAGAUUAUAUGAGGAAGGCACUUACAAUUCAGACCUAUGACCUGGUGACCCAUAACUGGACAGAAGAGGAUAGUCGGCAGAUUGAGCUGUGGGAACACAGUGUGUGUACAAUGUACCUACCAGACUGUGAUCUUACAUAGUUGGUCUCUGUGGGGUUUCCUCGGUUGUCAUUUUUUUGUGGGUGUUUUCUAGGUAGCCAUUCCUUUGUUGGUCUCUGUGGGGUUUCCUAGAUAGCCAUUCCUUUGUUGGUCUCUGUGGGGUUUCCUAGGUAGCCAUUCCUUUGUUGGUCUCUGUGGGCUUUCCUAAAUAGCCAUUCCUUUGUUGGUCGUUGUGGGGCUUCCUAGGUAGCCAUUCCUAUGUUGAUCUCUGUGGGGUUUCCUAGGUAGCCAUUUCUUUGUUGGUCUCUGUGGGGUUUCCCAGAUAGCCAUUCCUUUGUUGGUCCUUUGUUGGUCUCUGUGGGGUUUCCUAGGUAGCCAUUCCUUUGUUGGUCUCUGUGGGGUUUCCUAGGUAGCCAUUCCUUUGUUGGUCUCUGUGAGGUUUCCUAGGUAGCCAUUCCUUUGUUGGUCUCUGUGGGGUUUCCUAGGUAGCCAUUCCUUUGUUGGUCUCUGUGGGGUUUCCUAGGUAGCCAUUCCUUUGUUGGUCUCUGUGGGGUUUCCUAGGUAGCCAUUCCUUUGUUGGUCUCUGUGGGGUUUCCGAGGUAGCCAUCCCUUUGUUGGUCUCUGUGGGGUUUCCUAGGUAGCCAUUCCUUUGUUGGUCUCUGUGGGGUUUCCUAGGUAGCCAUUCCUUUGUUGACAUUCCUGAGAUGUUCCUUAUUUGGUGCCUGUUAUUGUCCAAGCUCUUUACUUAUAAGUUAUCUAUUUCAAGCUAAACUUUUGUUUCAAAGUUAACAAUGAUGAAAACUCUUUAAUUUGUAUUUCGUAUUUAAAAAAACCCAAGUAAUGCCAGCUGACAAUGAUCUUGCCAGAAGCAGGAAGAGGUAUUUAUGUCGAGGGUGACCUUAGGUCAUAUUAACCUCUGAACCUGUUAAUCUUUGCUUAACCUUAUAAUGCCUUAUCAUGUAAGAUGAUCAUAGUUAGGGUUUUCAUGUAGUAUCUGUUGCCAAUGCAACAAGAAGAAUUUGUUGACUAAAAAUGGGGUUUGUUUAUCUUUUAUUAGGUCGCCUGAGCAGAACGCUCAUGGUGACCUAUUGCCAUCAUGAUUUGUCUGUCGUUGUGUGCCGUGCGUCGUGUGUUGUUAACUUUUCACAUAUUCCACUUCUUCUCAAGAACCACUGAAUGGAUUUUGACCAAACUUGGCACAAAGCAUCCCCAUUGGAAGCCGCUUCAAGUUUGCGAAGAAAAAGGGCGUGGCACCAAUAGGGGAAAAAGGGGAUAAAAUUAGGUAAAUCUUUAAAAAUCUUCUUCUCAUGAACCGACAGUCAGAUUAAAUUUAUAUUUGAUAUUUAGGGUCCUAAUGGCAAGGUCUACAAAGUUUGCGAAUGAAAAAAAAAAUCGGGUCAAAAACGGCCCCAAUAGGGGACGCUCAAAAGGGUCUAAAAGUCAACUUUGACCGAUUUCAACCAAAUUUGGUAGACAGUAUCCCUUAGUGAAGGACAUAUGAAAUUAUGUUGAAAAAAGUGAUAAUGUCCCCUUUGGGGCCCAUAAGGGGUGUAAAAGGGGCCAUAUGAAAAAAACCUUCAUUAAAUGACUACUUCUCAAGAACCAGUUGAUGGAUAUUGACCAAACUUGGCACAAAGCAUCUGCUUGGGAAGCCGCUUCAAGUUUGUGAAGAAAAAAGGGCGUGGCCCCAAUAGGGGCCCCAGGAGGGGGGAAAAGGGGAAACUUGAUACGAAUGUUCUACACAAGGUCCUGGCAAGUGUUUUAAUUUUUUGGGGCGAAUCAAAAUCCAAGAUGGCCAUCCUGGCCUCUGUUUGGCUAAGACAUUAUGGACUUCCUCUCAAGAACCAUUGGGUGGGUCAUGUUCAAACUUGGUACAGAUGUUUUUAUACAUGGUCCUGCACAAGUGUUGUUACAUUUUUGAAACAUUUUAAAAUCCCCAGAUUAUUGACAUAUAUUCCUCAGGUGACCGUGAAGGCCCCUUGGGCCCUCUUGUUUUUCUCUUGAUCCAGAACUAAGUCAAUGUCCUCAUUAGAUUCACACUUACCCUAUAGUAUCAUAACAUAGUGUUCUACACCUGAUCAGAUUCUGGUUCACACUUACCCUAUAGUAUCAUAACAUCGUGUUCUACACCUGAUCAGAUUCUGGUUCACACUUACCCUGUAGUAUCAUAACAUUGUGUUCUACACCUGAUCAGAUUCUGGUUCACACUUACCCUGUAGUAUCAUAACAUCAUGUUCUACACCUGAUCAGAUUCUGGUUCACACUUACCCUAUAGUAUCAUAACAUGAUGUUCUACACCUGAUCAGAUUCUGGUUCACACUUACCCUAUAGUAUCAUAACAUCAUGUUCCACACCUGAUCAGAUUCUAGGAUUGGAAUAAGGGCAUUAAUAUCUUAUAUAUAGAUGAUAAAUGAAAUGAUUGAGAUGAUAGAUUUAAAUUAGACUCUCUAAUUGCUUAGUAAACAUUAGUAUAGUUUUGUUUACAGGUGUAAACAGUAAUCUUGAUGAGUUAGAGAUCUGGAUUUUCUGGGUUUAGAAAUUUAUUUUUCACAAAAGCUUGAAAAGAAAGGUGAACAAUAUUUUUACAAAAAACGACGGUGUUUGUAAAUACAAUGUCAAAUUUUUUUCAAAUUGAAAAAAAUGCAGUGCUUGUACUGAUGUUUAAUGUUACAGGAGGUAGAACACUGUAACACCAUAAGAGAAUUUCCUUUUAUAUUUGAUGUAACCAAAUAUUGAAGACUGUUGGGGAUAUAAGAAUAAUACAUUCAUAUAUGUUAGUAUCAUUGAUGUGAACUGUUAUUCCAAUAUUUGAGGAGUUUAAUGACUGGACCACUGCACAAGGAUAGACACAAAAGUCUAGUUUUAGAGCAAUGAUUUUAGUGUGAUAGGGUACCAGUUCCAACAACUACCAGUUCUUAAUUGGGCAGGUGUAUAUUUCUUUUUUAUCUUUACCAACAUCAAGAAAUAUUUUAAAAUUUAAUUUUUUUUCAAUGAUACAUUGAAAAGAGUGAAUUUUAAUGGUAUGAAUUGUUUUUGUCUUUAGAUUUAUUGAUUUUAAUUAAAUUUAUUUUUUUAUACUGUCUUACAUAUGGAUCUUACCUGAUAGAUAGCUGGACCGAAUGUUUUAUUGUGCAAUGAUAUCAUUAAUGAUAUCUUAGUUUUAAAUAAUUUUACAACAAUAAAGAUAACUGCA